GCUGAGCAGCUUCCAAAGUGCAGUGAGCUCACUUUAUUAAAGCUUGCACUGUUGCCCUUUCCUGUUUUACAACUGAUUAGAUUAAUUGAAUAUGAUUAAUAAAUUAUAGUAUGGCAGACUCAGAAUUAUCUGUGUUAAUUAGGGACGGGGAUAGCAUGGAAAAUGCAAUCUGCAGACGAGGCCUUUCCCCAGGGUUUGUUCCUGCAGAUGCCACAAAGACAUCACGUGAAAGCAAGCUCACAUUUCUUUUCCCUUUCUUUGUCUUCCCACAUUCUCUUUCAGGUGACAGCAAGGAAACUGGAACUGUAGGAAUUAGAGAAAGAGGGACACAUUUGUCCGAGCUCUUUGGAAUUGAUUUUAAAAUCAGAACGAUAGAACUAGAUGGAAAGAAAAUUAAGCUUCAGAUAUGGGACACAGCGGGUCAGGAAAGAUUUCGAACCAUCACGACAGCAUACUAUAGAGGAGCCAUGGGAAUUAUGCUGGUCUAUGACAUCACAAAUGAAAAGUCCUUUGACAAUAUUAAAAAUUGGAUAAGAAACAUUGAAGAGCAUGCUUCUUCAGAUGUUGAAAGAAUGAUCCUGGGUAACAAAUGUGAUAUGAAUGACAAAAGACAAGUGUCCAAAGAAAGAGGGGAGAAGUUAGCAAUUGACUAUGGGAUUAAAUUCUUGGAGACAAGUGCAAAAUCCAGUACAAAUGUAGAAGAGGCAUUUUUUACACUUGCGCGAGAUAUAAUGACAAAACUCAACAGAAAAAUGAACGACAGCAAUUCAUCAGGGGCAGGUGGACCAGUGAAAAUAACAGAAAACCGAUCAAAGAAGACCAGUUUCUUCCGGUGUUCACUACUUUGAUGAACUCUUUCUGAGAGACUGCAGCACACCUAGAGGACCCUUUCCUGCUUCUCGGAAAGCACAGGUCACCCAGCCUCAGAAUCACACCGCCGGCUGCUGCUGAGAGCACCACUGGACCUAGACCUCUCGAUACAGAAUGUCAAGUGGAUUCCAGCCUCAUGGCCUCUCACGAUAACAGGCUCCUGUUUUCAAACAUGGAAGCAAUGAAAUGGAGACACAUGCAAGACUUGUUUUUUCUUUGUUUUAUUACCUGUUGCAGAAGCUGCUAUCUUUCUUUUUCACUUUGCACAUCAAUGUUAGCACAGUCUUAGACUCUUACGUGCACACUUUUGUCUCAUGAAGUUCUAGAGAAAUUUGUGCUUUGGGGGAUGUUUUAAAAAAGAGUAGAACAUUUAAAACAGAGGUCAGUGUACUAAAAUUAAGGGACAUUUGGUCUGGUUCAUAUGACAGAUGUUACUGCAUUCACAGCAUUUAUUUAAGGGCUCUGAUUUGUUAUUUUCUUAAAUAAGAAUCAUUAAAUUCUGAUAAAAAAUUUAUCUUAAAGAUUCAUGAAUGUCCAUCUAUUUAUCAGAGGCCAUAAUUUUUUUUCAUUUCUUAUUGUUUAGCGCUUCGCUUCAUUCCUGACCUUUUGUCAGAGUCUGGUUAGCUGAAUAAAUCACUUUUCAGUUGAUUCCCUCUGCCUAAUCUAUAAAAACUGCAUUUGGAAAUUAUCUUAAUCUCACUUUUCCUGGGGUUCUUAUUUGCUGUCUUUUCCUAGGUUUGACCUAUUGUAAUCACUCAGUUAUCUAAAACAUAACAUAUUUUACCAUUAUUGUCUGUUUCUAGUUGUUAACUCUUGAGCUGAAAUUUUACAUGGGCAGAGAGAUGUGCCAUUUAGGGUUUUAUUUCAGCGUCUAAUCCUGGUUCCGUCAUAUUAGCAUACAUAAUAUAUUUUGUCUUAGGUUUACUCCUCAGCUGGUUUAGUUGUAAUACCCAAUUCCUACCAUAAUCCCUGUGUACAGAAGUUAACAGGAGUCAGAUUUAGAGUUUAGUUCACAGAAAGCCUACCUGUAGGAAAAGAGAUAACUUGUUAACAUAAAGUUAGUAGAGAUAGCUCUUGGUAAUGGUGAAAAUAAUGAAUUUUGUUCUGUUUUUACAUGGGCUUAAAAAAAAAAAAAAUUAGACCUAGUGCAGCCUCUAGGAAAAGUCUUGCCUUUUGAUUAGAGAAAAUAUGAACGAGGCUUCAGUUUUAGAACAGCCGUUGUUGAAUGUGUAGAACCCAGCUCCAUCUGUUUAGGUUCGUUGUUAGAGAACUUGGUCCAGUCCUUUCCCACUGGACCCUGGUACUGGCAUGCCUUUUGAAGAUGAGACCAUCACAUAGGAAAAGAAAGGUCUUCAGCGUUAACUGUGUGCCAAAUUAACAUCAUUAUGUCACUGCUGUUAUUCCUGCCUUCAGUGUCAUAACACAGAGGGAGUAACAGAGAGGUGAUGAAGGAAAUGAAUUCUGUUAAUAAUUAUUCUUCCUCUUAGGCCUGCUUUGUUCACAGAGUUUACCAUGAUGCUUGAAAUAAGAGUAGGAAAUGGAAGUGGAAACGGACUGCUUGUUACCACAGAGAAUUCUGCUUCGAAUUAAGACGUACCAUUAGGGUGCUUGAACCAUCAGCCUUUAUGACUUGUGUGAAAACUUAUGCACAGUUUAGCUGCAGCAAAUAUUCCAGAGCUGUUUUUGAUGGCUACACUAAAUUUAUUGUUAACAAAUUUCAGCCUUCUUGUUUUUCGUUUUGUUUUUGUUUUUAACUUAUCUAUAGGUUUAAAGGCACCCGUUGGUGUCCCAGUAUAAUCAAGAGGUUCCUUGAUUCAAAGCUGAUUGUAAGUCUACCAUCUUAAAAUUAGAUACAUUUUUGGAAACAAAAAACGAUUUCUUAGAAACAUCUUGUAUUCAUUAAUUUUCUGAAAAAAGAUCCAAGCAGUUAAGCUUUCUGGAGGGUAACAAAGUAGUUUCUAAAAGGCAAGUGCUAUGACACCAUGUAUGAAUGUAAUUCUCUUAGUAAUUUACCUCUGACUAUUUGGUGUCUUAACACUUUGGUUUAUAUCUCAGGGGUUAUCUGCAAACCAAAACUGACAUAUUCUGUGGUUAACUUUUUAUUUUUAAUAGAAUGCUUUGCUUUUGUUUUAUUCCUUCUCUCUUCUUUUGUCUUAUAUGGAUUAAUUACUAGUCUCCAUGAACUUCCCUUUGAAAGAGCCUGUAAAAGCUGGAUGAGUCUAACAGUGCUCUUUGAAGUAGCAGCAAAUUGGGGGUAUAUGCUCUGUUAUAUAGAAAUAAAUCGUCCUUGCUAUUUUCUUACAUUUAGUCUUGCUAAAUUGUAUAUAAUUUGAGCUAAGAACAUAGGAAAUUCACCUUCUGCAUGACAAAAUGACCCAAUAAAUAUUCCACUUUGCUUAAUAAUGUACAUAUAGUGUGUUAUUUUUUCUAUUUGUAGAUGAAUUUAG